AUGGCACGACCUCUUUUUGCCACUUUAAUCCUAAUAAUCCUCUGCAUAUCGACAUUCGCAACAUUGGCACAACCGGUGGAGGCAUCAGAUCAACCUGAUGCGGUUGCGCGAUCGGCUUGGGAACCGAGUGGAGAGAUCGCCGAUCAACAGCGAUCUUUUAGAUCAAAAGAACAUCUAGCACACGAGAAAGCCCUACAGCGGCGAAUCCUCACAGCAUCGACAUCCUCCUCCUCAGAACUCCCAACUCCAUACGAUACCCUCUCCUACGACUUCGCCAACUCAACCAGCUGCAUAAACUUCUACAAGAAAUGGCGCGCAAACUCCACAAUCACGGACUGCCACGCCGUCUCCCUUCUCCUCACAAACUCCAAUUCCUUCUUCCACACCUUAACCUCAGCCGCCGCGACAUCCCGCGUCCUCGACGCUUCCUGCUCCCAGGAUGUAUCCCAAUGCUCCGCAAUCAUGAGCUCCCUCGCGGCAGAUCUCCUCGGCAGCGAUAACUGCGCCGAGGACUACGGCAAUGGCAAUUCAGUCGUUACGGGCACUUAUAAGGACUUGGUUGCGUAUGAGCCUAUGUACCGUGCUACUUGUUUGACUAGCCCGUCAACACAGGAUUACUGUUUCGUCGAUGCUGUGUCGAAUUCUUCCGCGCCUGAUGAUUAUAAUGUUUACUUUAUGCCCAUUGGGAGUGCGUUGAGUGCUGGUGCGGAACCGACUUGUAGUCAGUGUCUGCAGGCGACUAUGGCUCUCUUUGCUCGUUGGGCGAAGAAGGAUGGUCAGUCGCUUGAUACUACUUACCUUCCCUCUGCGAGGAUUAUCAACUCGCAUUGUGGCUCUGAAUUUGCUAGUACCAAUGUCACUGUGGGUUCGAAUGUCAUAUCUGGGGCUAGUUUUACUGCUUCGCUGCCGGGUCUUUGGUCUACGGCGGUGGUUGGAUUGAUGCUUGCCAUCUUGACUAAUCUGUUUUGA